GCUUACAACCCGACUGAAGAAAAAGAAAAGGACAGGGAAAAGCCAAAAGGGGAUAGAACAUCGCUGAAGCUGUCAGUUUUUGGCUUUUUUUUUAAUUCUCUGUUUUUCUCUCUCCUAAUAUUUAAAGUCGUUGUUUUAGCCGGAGCGUAUUUCUCGUUGCACCCUGGCUCUUCUGGGCUUCGAUGACAUUUAUCUGUCAAAAGAAGAAAACCAGUUUGUGGAUGCUGUCAUGGAGGAACUGGAAACGUAUCAGGCGAAAAGCAACCCAAAAAGAGAAAUGAGAAAUGACAUGUUGUGUGUCCCUCCCAGCGUGCUCCUGUUCCCCCCUUUACCCAGCAGACUGCGAUUCCUGAUUCACAAGAUCGCAGAGGGACUGCCGCAUCUCGCCACCUUUUCUGUGGGGGAGAAUUGGUGGCGUCGGGUGGUGGUCUGCUUCUCUGAACUCAGAAAAACGGAGGUGGAUGAAGAUGCAGACUCUGGUCCUGAAGUCAGCUUGUGUGACGAGCCGGCGCGUUUUCAUAGGCAGAAGGAAGGGGAAACAAAGGCCAAACCUUCAGCCUCGUCACAAAGUCGGGCUCCUAAACGGCCGGACCAGCCUCUUUACAUGCCGCGAGCUGCUCGGCAGAGACUGUCACUACAGAACUCAACAGGACCUGCAGAAAACCACGAGUCCCAAAGUUCUGCUUGUGGCGGAGUCUCUCUCGGGGGUCUGCCUCAGGCGGGUGACCGCCACAAGGCCGCAGCAGAAAGUGACGCUGACGCAUCAGGAAACAACUCAGCAUCAUGUCCAGAGGAGAAGAGGAAACCCUCACAGCUGAGUCUCAGGGAAGAUCUGGUCUUGGAACAGACUCAGUCCUGCUUAUCUGAACUCAGCUUAGAACAGGGAGAAGAUGCCGAGAGCUCAGAUUUGACCAGAGAGGCGGAUCACCUCACUAAAUUGAUCAAGUCCCAUCUGAAGGAGGCAGAAUGCGUCUCGGUCCAUCCCGCUCACAAUGACUACUCCGCCUACGAGAGCCUCUUCUGCUCCGAUCACUUUCACCACGUCAUUGAGAUCUACGACUUCCCCGUCGCUUUCCAGACUCAGGACCUCCUGAAUGCAUUCACUGACUACAGUUCGGCGGGGAUGAAGAUCAAGUGGGUGGACGACACGCACGCGCUGGGAGUUUUCUCCAGUGAGGACGCAGCCCAGCGUGCUGCCUCCAUCGACCACCCAGCGCUGAAGGCCCGAAGUCUUUCCGAGGGGAGUAAGAGAGCUAAAAGGACAGCCGUCAAACAUCUGGAGUUUCUCCAGCCGGUGAAGGAACGUCCAAAGACCGACUCUGCUGUUGCCAGGCGAAUGGUGACCAGAGCUUUGGGGCUGCCGGGCCGCGACCGAGGGCGGCGAUUCUGACGUCAAACUGAAUAUUCUCACAGUCAAUAUCCUGGAGGAGACAAUCUGGUCUUUCCUCUGACCAUCGAACUCAACACGAGGACGCCGACACACGGAGAGGAAACGGUCUCAUCCAAUCUGUGUGUGCGUAAUUUUUUAUUUGUAACGCGUUUCUGCAUGUGUGUGUCACUUUGACUAGGUGUGUGCGUAAUUCUUGAUUUGUUACUGAAGCUGUACAUUUUGUGCAUGACUGUGUGCACUUGUAAUUGUGUGUUCACAUGCACUUUUUUUUUAAUAUAAAUUAUCGGGCAUUUCUGUUGAAGAAAGUGGGGAAAAUGUCAGAUAAUAUCCACAAUCUGAGUUCCAAGAUAAGAAAACUCUGAUGACCCAGCAUUCUAGCUGCAUUUAAACGCAUCAUUUGCACACAAAACCUGGAGACGUGAAAAGAGUCUCAUAGCUGAUUUGUGGGUAAACGCGGUUUUGUGCGUAUCAGAUGAUUUGUGCGUACUUGUUAAAGGCUUGUAUGCAUAGUUACUUUGAAUUUGUGGAUGUGUAAAUUGUUUUUUUGUCAUUUUUGUGCACACAGUGACACGCAAAAUGUACUGCAUGAGUCCAGAAAUAUGCACGCACAACUCGGAUGAGGCUAUUUUCUUUCUCUAUGUAACGACACGAGUCCUGCAACUUCUUCCUCUGAAGAAGGUUUCACAGUCGCUGGAGAGGCUUCAGGCAGGACGGUAAAAACUCAGCAGGACUCUGCUGAAACGAGUCUGUGCUGCAGUUUGUCACAGACGGCUCAUCCAACCAGGCGCUGAAGACACAACCCUCACAUGGACAUCCAGGCGGCUUUGAUUGCAUGUUGACCAUUAAAAAAAAAAAAUUUGAUUUCCAGAUGGAUGUUUUUGAAGAUGUAUUGUUUCCUUAUGGCGUAAAUACUGGAUGGAUGCAUUUAUAUCCACAAAAAAGAGCUUUUUUUUAUCUCCAUUUUGGUUUGAGCCAUCAAAACUCCUAAUGUUUUCUGAUCUUUGGUCAAAAUAAAGCAGCCAUUUAAAGAUCUGUUUAACAUUUGGGCCCAACUGUAAUUCAAUAAACUCACAGCAUUAACUGUC